AUGACUCAUAUGCUUUUGCUGUACUGCUUGGUGUUUCUUUUACCCACGGAAUCCUGCAGGAUACUAUGCCAGGCUGCCAGCAGAAGCAAGGAGAAGGUGUCUGUCAGGCCACAAGGUGUAUGUGAUGGUAUCUGUCUGGACAAUUCCCAUUGCAGUCAGACUUGCCCUCCAGAAACUCAGGGAAGCAUGGGGUUUUCAUGCAGGCAAAAGAAAUGGCAGAAGAUUACUGAGACCUGCCGGACUCUUAGUGAAUUCAACAUCUUUGAGGCAACAGAAAUAUAUAUGGGUCAACCAUUUGGAGGAAAUACGUCAUUCCAUGAAUAUAAUGUAAGGUCUGAGACCAUCACAGAUAUGUUGAUGCGGAAGUGUCCCAAGGAUUUGUCUUGUGUAAUUAGGAACAUUCUGAAGUCUCCCCGGAUCCCAGGAAAUAUCGCUGUCAUUGUGCAGCUCUUACACAACAUAUCCACAGCACUUACAACAGGUGUAGAUGAGGCCAAGAUGCAGAGUUACAGCAUCAUGGCCAACCACAUUCUUAACAGCAAAAGCAUCUCAAACUGGACUUACAUUCCUGACCGAAACAGCAGCUGUGUCCUGCUGCACUCUGUCAAUUCCUUUGCAAGAAAUCUAUUUAUAAAUAAACACCCCAUUGACAUAUCGGAUGUCUUCAUUCAUACGAUGGGCACUACUGUAUCCAGAGAUAUCAAUGAAAAGAAUUUUACUUUUUCAAUGAGAGUGAAUGACACCAACAAUGAAGUCACUGGGAAGGUGCUGAUCAGCAAAGAUGAACUUCGGAGGUUGCCUUCCCCUUCUCAGGUCAUCACUAUUGCAUUUCCAACUCUGGGGGCCAUCUUAGAAGCCAGUCUUUUUGAAAAUGUCACCGUGAAUGGGCUUGUCCUGUCUGUCAUUUUGCCCAAAGAGCUGCAGAGAAUCUCACUGAUUUUUGAAAAGAUCAGCAAGUCAGAGGAGAGGAGGACACAGUGUGUUGGCUGGCACUCCUUAGAGAGCAGAUGGGACCAGCAGGCCUGUAAAAUGAUUCGAGAAGACUCCCAGCAUGCUGUGUGCAAAUGUAGGCCAAGCAAAUUCUUUACCUCCUUCUCAAUCCUUAUGUCACCCCAUGUCUUGGAAAGCCCAGUCCUGACUUAUAUCACGUACAUAGGCCUGGGUAUUUCUAUUUGUAGCUUGAUCCUUUGCUUGUCCAUUGAGGCCUUGGUUUGGACCCAAGUGACAAAGACAGAGAUCUCAUAUUUACGCCACCUGUGUAUCGCUAAUGUGGCGGCCACCUUGCUGAUGGCUGAUGUGUGGUUCAUUGUGGCUUCCUUUCUUAGUGGCCCAGUGACAAAUCACAAUGCAUGUGUGGCGGCGACAUUUUUUGUUCAUUUCUUUUACCUUUCUGUGUUUUUCUGGAUGCUUGCCAAGGCACUCCUUAUCCUCUACGGGAUCCUGAUUGUUUUCCAUACGCUGCCCAAGUCAGUCUUGGUGGCAUGUCUCUUUUCAGUGGGCUACGGGUGUCCUUUGGUCAUUGCUGUUAUCACGGUGGCUGUCACUGAGCCUGGUAAAGGAUAUCUACGCCCUGAAGUUUGUUGGCUGAAUUGGGACAUGACCAAGGCCCUCCUGGCCUUUGUGGUUCCAGCUCUGGCCAUCGUGGUUGUAAACCUGAUCACAGUUACACUGGUGAUUGUCAAGACCCAACGAGCCGCCAUUGGCAGCUCCAUGUUUCAGGAAGUGAGAGCCAUUGUGAGAAUCAGUAAAAAUAUCGCCAUCCUCACCCCACUGCUGGGGCUGACCUGGGGAUUUGGAAUAGCCAUAGUCAUCGACAAUAGUUCCCUGGUCUUCCACAUUAUCUUCUCCUUGCUCAACGCAUUCCAGGGCUUCUUUAUCUUGGUGUUUGGAACAAUUCUGGAUCCAAAGAUACGAGAAGCUUUAAAGGGUCGAGUCACCUCUGCAAAAUGGAUCUCCAGGAUAUCAGAGGUACAGUUUUCACAGUCAUAUUUGCAUAUAAAAGUCUGGCAGGGUAACAGCAAUGUUGGAGCUCUGGCAUAUGGAGCGUUGCUAAAACUAUCACCUUAA